AAGCCGCCGUCCAAAGCAGCAUCAACAUGCCUGGAACUGGUGCACCGUUGUCCCCAAAGCAAGGCGAUUCCAAGCGAUUAAAGACGUCUGAAGAAGGCGAAUCCGUCGACUACCACGUGAUCCUCUUCUACAAGUACGUGGAAGUGCCCGACCCGACGGCCGAAAAGACUGCCCAGCACGACAAGUGCGUCGAGUUGGGGCUGCUCGGUCGAUCGUUGGUGAGCGAAGAAGGUAUCAACGCGACGUUCGCCGGGUCGUUGGACAAGAUCAACGAAUACGUCGCGUACAUGUGUUCGCAUCCGGUGUUCUCGAUGACCGCGGACGAUUUCAAACGCAGCAUGGUGGUUGCCACGGCACCGUUCAGCGAGCUCGUGAUCAAGUACGUCAAGGAGAUUGUCAGCACGGGUGGUGCAGUUGCACCUCCUCCCGUCACCAUGACCGAUGCCGAGCGAGGAUACUUGACUCCACAGCAGUUCCACGAAGCGAUGGCGGACAAGGACAAGUCCAACACGGUGGUGCUGGACGUACGAGCCCACAAGGAGUUUCUUGUCGGCCACUUCAAGGAUGCCAUCGACCCACAAGUCAAAAACUUUUCCGAGUACUACACGUUCUUGGACCAGCAGCACAUUCCGUCCUUCAAACAAGACAAGCCCAAGGUGCUCAUGUACUGCACGGGCGGCAUCCGUUGCGAAAAGGCAUCGCAAUUCCUGCGCAGUCGCGGGGUCACAGACGUGUAUCACCUCAAGGGCGGUAUCCACAAGUACUUGGAGCAAUUCCCCGACGGCGGAUAUUUCAAGGGCAAAAACUUCAUUUUUGACAAACGAGUGCUCAUGGGCCCCGACCAAAGCGACGUCGUGGGCUCGUGCAUCGAAUGCUCGUCCCCGUACGACACUUUCAACGGCGGCAAAGUGUGCUCAGUCUGCCGCGACUUGGUUCUUGUAUGCGAUUCGUGCUACGCAAGUCGCCACGGCGAAGUCCACUGCGGGGACCACCAGUACCUGAAACACGCGUACUUUACGUUCAUCCAGUAUUUUUCCGCGGACGAAUUAAAGCGGCAAGUGGCUGAACUGGACCAAGUGUAUGCAUCCUUGCUGCAAGAACCAGACGUGGCCAAGCGCAGCAAGAACAAGCGACGCACAGUGCGCAAGCAAUUGGAAAAGGUCAAGGCGCGGCUUGCAGUCGUGGAGGCCGACCCGUCGGUCGUGGAAACCCGCAGUGGGUUCCACUGUCGUACCUGUGGCAGCACGGCGUGUACCGGCAACUGCUGGGGGUUUUGGACCGACGCUCAGUAGGCAGAGGAUUAGGAAACAAACCAACCUGGUAUAUUGUGAAUUCGCUAGAAACAUGCAAAAUUCGCCUGGUUUGUCAAUAUUGCAUCACGUCGGAG